AUGUCUGAGGAGAAGCACCACCACCACCACCACUUCGGCCACCGCCACAAGGAGGAGGAGGAGGAGAAGCGUUCCGAAGAAUAUAAGUUGCAUGAAGUAAUGUACAAUAUCUUCUAUAAGGGUUUAUUGUGCUUGCAAUCUAACUAUAGUGUACAGGUGCAAGGAUUUGUUGAGGAUGGAACGGGAGUUAAAGUUGCUACAUUGCUGGGUAAAUGGGAUGAUUAUAUGUAUUACAUUAAUGGAUAUGAUGCUUCUAAGAUCAAGUUUCCUGUUGCACCCGGUGAUGCAUCCUUAUUAUGGAAAAAAAAUGAUUCUCCUGCAAACCCUACUCGGUAUAACUUGACAUCAUUUGCAAUUACACUAAAUGAAUUAACACCUGGAUUGCUGGAGAGACUCCCACCUACUGAUUCAAGACUAAGGCCAGACCAGCGUUAUCUAGAAAAUGGAGAAUAUGAGAAGGCAAAUGAAGAAAAACUGCGCCUAGAGAAGAGGCAACGAAUGCAAGAUAUAAUGGUCUGUGAGGUUGCUCGUCCGGAGCUGCGAAUGUUUAUAGUUUAG